UGUGGCGCUCUUAUGUAAUACCAGACGUGGCGCUCUUAUGUAAUACCAGACGUGCGCUCUUAUAAUACAAAUUCUUCUAAUACCCUCCUAAUCUUGUGUGGCUAUAUAAGCACGCCCGUAUUCAUUGUUCGUUGCAGUUGGCUUCAGGGCGUUGGCUUCAUCAUGACUUUCUGUACCAUUUUCUGUAGUCAUAUUAAAUUAUUUGGAAGCGAAGUUUGAGUGUCCUGUGUUUGGAUUUGAGUUGUCCAAUGUCUGUUUUUAUAAAUUCCUAAUUCGCUACAUCACAAGCAUCAUAAGAAAUGGUGGAAGAUCCGCACCAACUCUGUGUUUCUACACCGAGCUUUCCCGGUCCUUCAUUCCGGACUCUGACGGCCAACGCCCCGGUCAGCUGCCCUUGCCGGGCACGAUCACUGUACGAGAUGGCCUAUUUUGGUUCCAUUGAAGAACAUAGAUGCAUCCACAGUAGCUAGAGCACUCUACGACAAUGUUAUUUGUGAACAUGGGUGUCCAGAGACUCUACUAAGUGACAGAGGAUCAAACUUUCUUAGCAAGGUGGUAUUAGAGGUGUGUCGAAUCAUGCGAACUCACAAAUUAAAUACCAGUUCCUAUCAUCCUCAAUGUAAUGCUAUUCAAGAAAGGUUCAACUCAGUUAUCCUUGAUACCAUUUCUCACUAUGUAAAUACAUGUCAUAAUGACUGGGAUCAAUACUUAACCUCCGUACAGUUCGCUUAUCGCACUACUCCUGCUGAAAAUUCUGUGGGAUUCAGCCCCUUCUUCCUUUUAUAUGGUAGAGAAGCAAGGUUACCCUUAGAUGUGACACUCCUUACAAAUUCCAAUUAUCCAGAGAAAACACUUAGAGAGCACAUGCAUCACUUGGUUUCCCAACUUGAAGUUUUUCGAGAUGUAUCCAAGCGUCAUGCAGAGCUCAAUCAAGCCAAAAUGAAAGAGCGUUUUGAUGAAAAAGCACAAAAGGUACCAUAUCAAAUUGGAGACACAGUUUGGAUUUAUAUUCCUGCAUUCCAAAAAGGACUAUCCCGUAAACUUAUGAAGUUUUGGGCUGGACCGUAUCUUUUAGUAGAACAGACAUCUCCAGUAAAUUUUCGAGUUAGAAAUCUUGAAAAUAAUAAAUUACUGUCUUCCCCAGUACACGUGAACCGAAUGAAAUUUGCAUAUAACAGAUAUGUUCGCCCAAGUAAUGAUUCUGUUCCAUUUGAUCCAAAGCAGAAUACAUCAAUACUAGGUUUGCAAGAAGAUGACUGCCCACAAAACAUUUUCCAUCCUCUCACGGCAGUACAUCAGUCCAGUGAGUCGGAAUCUUCUGGAAUUCCCUUUGUUCCAGGAUUACCGCAGAUUUCAGAGAAACCCAAAGAAUAUGAAAUUGAGCGCAUAAUCAGAGGCAGGUAUAAGAAUAAGCGACUUGUGUACCUGAUCAAGUGGAAAGGUUUUCCUCACUCAAAGAAUACUUGGGAACCCGAAACAAAUUUGAAUGCUGCGGCAUUAGAGUUCCUUAAAACACAUCCAGUGAAGAUUUCAGGUAAAAUGUAAAAUAAAAUUUAAAAAAAAAGAAAAAAAAAAAAAAAAAAAGAAAAAAAAAAAAGAAAAAAAAAGAGAAAAAAAGA